UUCUUACACUUUUACGAUUUUUCCAUUUAAAUUAGAAAAGUGGCUGCUAUUAGACGUCAAAAAUAUUGAUCUUGCAACCAAGCUCUGACUAUAGGCAGGUGUGCGAUCAAUAAAGUGUACAGUGUUUCGAGUACUUCGUUAGCGAUCAUGACGAAUUCCUUAUUGCGAAGUUUACAAGCACUGGAGUCAUUCGGUAGUCAUCCGACCGCACGCUGGGAAGUUCCCUUGAGCGACGGUAUCCACGUCAUUGAAUUUGAUCAUGGCACAGCCACGGGCAGACGAGUCGUUAAAAUCGACGGCAAAUUAUUCGUCAAUCGGGAAUGGAUGUUCCGGUUGGUUGGAGACGAAGUCAUCAAAUUCAAGGAUGUGAAGUUCGUUAUAAGGGUUGAUCCUAUUCCCGGAUUGAGAUACUCGUACUCACUAUGGGUUGAUGGUAAAAGUUUUAAAAGCUUUAUUCAGGCACAAUCAAAAGUACUUGAAACUUGGUCAACGCAAAUUGCUCAGAAUGAAUAUAGAAUUAUAUUGGAUAAAAAUACACAAAAUGUCUGGAUUAAUGGAGAGCAAACAGAAUCGGAGUGUAACUUCAUAGAUGAUGGAGCUGAAAUACAAUUUACUAUCGCCGAUUUGCCAGCAGUUAUUACAUUAUGCAGUUCCGGGAAGAAAAAUAUUGGUUUGAUAUAUACUUUGCAUGUAAAUGAUGUAAAAAUAACACAACAAAAUUUGGAAUCUAAUGUAGCAAAUGAGUAGUACAAUAAUUAAUUUUAUCUUACAAGCGAAAUUUACUGUUAUUCCAUCAUGUUUAAAAGAUUGCAAUUUAUCACGGAAUAUAUUUUUCUGUAC